UGCGGAUUGGUUGGUGGUGACAGCAAAUAUCCAAUCACAGCAUCUGUCUAAAACCUUUGUAAGCAAGUUUUCGCGGGAAAACAUGGCGGACAAGAAGAGUAAGAAAUCCGGACCUCCGCGGAAGAAAGCGAAGAUAGACGAUGGAGGAGGCGACAGUCGCACCAGGACAGCUGAACUUCAUGAAGAUCUGAAGGCCAAGUUCAAAGUUGAUCUGCCCAAUGACUUCUACCAGCUCUGGGACUUCUGCAAGACUCUGGAUGCAGAAAAUCCUGCAGGGGCCUUGGACAGCACACUUGGCUUGGAGCUUGUUGGUCCGUAUGAUCUCCUGGCUGACAAGGUGAUCACAGAAGGUGCUCAAGAAGCAGACUUCCUCCUCCACUGGAGAUACUUCUACGACCCACCGGAGUUCCUCACUGUCAUGAAGGGAGAUGACGAGACACAGCACCAUAUCGGUUACUUCAGAGAUGAACCAAACAAGAAACCAGUGUUUGUGGCUUCAAACCAUGCGCAGAAGAACUACACCAUUUCUCCUCAGGGGGACAACCUGUUUGCAGCUGUCAAAUUGCAUCUCAACAAAGUUUUGAAACAAACGAAGGACAAGAAGAAGAAAGAAGAGUUGAACAAACUGUCUUCCAAACUGGAACAGCAGGCAAAGGAGGGAGGGUACUCACUGGAGGAACAGCCAGCAUCUUUCAAGGCAAGAAGGAAGAAGAUGGUGACCCCAACCUUUCAUGGUGCAGCAAUAGUGGUGCCCCUGGACAGUAAUGAGGUGGGGUAUAGGGAGCUACCUGAGACUGACGGUGAUCUUAAGAAGAUUCUGAAGAAAGUUGUUGAGGCGAAGGAUGAUGAUGAACGGAUGACCCGUUUUGGGGACCUGCAGGAAAUCGUCACGCUGGUGCAGUUUGCGAACGACGAGUGUGACUACGGGAUGGGGUACGAGCUUGGGAUAGACCUGUUCUGUUACGGCUCUCACUUCUUCCACAAGGCCGUCAGGAACCUCCUACCGCUGGCCUACCAGCUGUUGGGGAGGGACGACUUCGGGCCAGUCAUCGAGGCACAUUUAGACGACAGAAGAAAAACAGACCUGGCCAGGCUUAAGGGGAAAUAACUGUAAACAUGCCAUAGCUUCUUUGUACUCACUGGAUGCUCUCUAGAGUCUAUGUUGUCACAUGUUUGGACAGAGACAAAUUAUCUUAUCCUUUGUGUGACAAAUUUGAACUAGGAACAUUUAUUUCGCACUCUUUUCAUCAAUCUGGACAUGUAUUAUAUCCAUAAAAAUAGCCUGAACAGAUACUUGUAACUUAUGUGAUGUCAACAACUUUAUAACAUUCUUUUUUACCGGUAGUGCAUUUUGAUUUGUAUUGCUUACACUUUUUAAGAUUAAGAUGUAAUCAACUAGGAAUCCUUUUGAACUAGAACCAAAGAAAAGAAAGUUUAUGUUUUCAACUAGGAAUCCUUUUGAACUAGAACCAAAGAAAAGAAUGUUUAUGUUUUCAGUAUCACUCAAAUCAUUCCUUGAUCUACAAAAUUGCAACAUACCUUUGCCAUCU